UUCUGUGUAAAUGCAGGUUACGUUUGAUUCGGACAACCAAAUAGACCUUUACAAACACAGUAGCAGAAAAUAAUAUACAUAUAUUUUUAUCCCAAAACAUCAGUUAAUCCGACUAUUUCGGGGGGUUACCACGUACGUGUAGUUUGGCGGAUUGAUACUACAGUACCUCUCCGUAAGAGGCGAUAGGCGACAAGAGACGGCUGUUCAAAGUAGUUUACGUUAGCCACUCGUCGAUGUUUCUUGCAGGGAAUGGUAGGAUAUCAAUUAUACUUUUAGUCUGAUAUGAUAUUAUAGUCAAAUUUCUCUUCGCCACAUCCCGGUCGAUGUUUAUGGAUUGCCAGAAGGUGACGUGACUUUAAACGGAUUUACAGGUAACGUAAAGAAAAUGCCAUUGCACGGGAAAAUAGUAGUGGUUAAGCGGAGUGGAGGAGAUGGGAUUGAAUUUCCUCUUACUGCGACAUGCUUAUUUGGAAGGACGCCUGACUGCGAUAUUCGUAUUCAGCUUCCUCAAGUCUCCAAGGAGCAUUGCAGAAUUGACUUGAAUGAAAAUAAAGAGGUCAUUCUUACAAAUUUGAGCUCAGUGAAUCCAACCCGUAUCAACGGAGAGGCUCUGCAGCACAGUGAGCGUUUGAAGCAUGGAGAUGUGAUAACAAUUAUUGACCGUUCUUUCAGGUUUGAGUACCCUCCAGCUCCCACUCCAAAGAAGAGGUUUUCUGCAGGAGGCAAAACUGAAACCCUCAAAGUUCUUCUAGAUCAGCAAGUGGUGGACACUGUCACUGUUGAAAAAGGAGAAAAGAGGGUCUCUGAAGUGUUCACAGAUGGAACUAAUCAUGACAACAUCCAGCGAUCCCUGGAGAAAACUGUGGAGGUGGAGUCGAAGGAGGAUGGUAGCCUACCUCAAAACAAGACCAGCCCCCUCUUCGGUGAUCUCUAUCAAAUGAUUAAAAAGUCUCUGGAUUUAAAGACCCCCCAGAAAUCAUCUGCCAGUCUGCUUCAAACACCUACCUCAAAGUUUUGCACUCCAAAACCUGGUUCUGUCAGGAAAAAUGAUGGAAAACCCGACAUUUCCACAGAAGACAAAAGCAGUCCUAACAAGAAUGAAGCUAAAGUCUUUCCUGGAGCUGAUGAAACCAAGGGGGAAGUUGAAAGUAUUAGUAAUGGGACCUCAAAGUCUGUUAAGAAGCAGAGGAAGUCAUUCCAGGUUCCUUCUGAGAUGGUUGAACAUGCAACCAAGUCUGAAGCAACUUUGUCUCAGAGAAACCGUGCAACCCCCCAAAAGUUUACUGUGUGUGAGGUUAUAGAUCAAGUGUCUGCUCAAACACCAAAGUCACCAAGGAGGAGAAGGAGCAAGGAGGCCACAGCAGACAAACCUGCAGCAACAGAAGAGGCAUCACCAAGGAACUCAGGGAAAGCUGACAAAGUGAAAGGCAUGUCCAAAAAACGCAAAAGUGGAGAACCUGCGGCUGACUUGCCCAUGCCAGAAAUGAAGAGGAAACGUGUUUCCUUUGGAGGUUACCUGAGCCCAGAGUUAUUUGACAAACAAAUGCCUCCUGACUCUCCAUUACGUAAGGGGGCCACUCCGCGUAGAAGCUUGUGUCUGUCUAAACCCAAGCAGUCACUCCUUAGACGAGCAUCGGUCAUUGGCUUGCUAAAGGAGUUCGAACAAGGUAGCCCAAAAGUGCAAAGUCCUGCAAAAAAGACUCCAUCACCUAGAAAGUCAUCAGGUGCCAAAAACGCUUCUCCUAAGACCCCAACGUCUGGAAAGAAAUCACCAAAAUCGAGGUCCCCAUCUCCCAAGGCAGCAUCUCCUGGAAAGAAGUCACCAAAGUCCAGGUCCCCGUCUCCCAAGGCAGCAUCUCCUGGAAAGAAGUCACCAAAGUCCAGGUCCCCGUCUCCCAAGGCAGCAUCUCCUGGAAAGAAGUCACCAAAGUCCAGGUCCCCGUCUCCCAAGGCAGCAUCUCCGUCUCCCAAGGCAGCAUCUCCUGGAAAGAAGUCACCAAAGUCUAGGUCCCCGUCUCCCAAGGCAGCAUCUCGUGUAAACAAAUUUGAAACUCCUAAGAGCAGUGAACAGCCUAAAACUCAACGCAAAUCUACAACCCCAGGUCAGGUGGCUUACAAAGAAACUCCCACUGGCAAGAGGAGAUCAUCCCUGGUAGCGUCAAGUCCUUACCCUCAGGAAAAUGCUCCUACUGAUGUAAAACCAGCUAGAACCCCCUUUGAUUCAGGAGUCUUGACCCCCACAGUGCAAGGGCGCUUCUCUGUGUCGCGCAUCAGUACUCCAUCUCCAGUUGCAGAAGAUGCUGUUCCUGACCAGAUGCCUUUAGUCACUGCCACCCCUAAAAUACCUCUGAGAAGGAAGAGCAUGAAGAGCACCUCACGGAAGACUCCUAGUAUGGCCAAGAGUGCUGUAAAAAUAAUGCGCAGAAAAAGUGACUUUUCACGGGCAUCUAUGAAAGUCAAAAAUUCCUGGGCAGAUAUUGUGAAAUUUGGUCAAACUAAGGCUCAAGUGGCUGCUUCAGCUAAAAAAAUGGUCACCAAAAAGACGACGAAGAAGGCUGUGUCCAAACCACAGACCCCUGCAAGAAAAAUGAAGGGCCAUGCCAGCACUGGACAUGCAGAUUCACCUGUUACCAUUGUUGUGGGCAGAGCGCACAAACAAAACGUCGUACAUCCAACUGGUGCUGCACCAAGAGUGGUCACCAAUACUGCACUCUUCAAAAAGAACAUGAAACUGGAUGAGGACUUGACCGGAAUUUAUGAAAUGUUUAAAACCCCUGUAAAUGAAAGGAAGAGGAGAUCUGUCAUUGAUGGCAACAAUGCCACCGAGACGGCAAAGGAAGUACAAGGCACACCUGUGGUAGAACCGUCCGUUUUAAACACACCAGAGGGACCAGGGGAAAUGAUUGUGUCGCCACUGAAUGUGACAUCUACAGUGAAAGGCAGAAGAUACAACAGUGAAGCAGUACAACGCCUCCUUAAUGGAGAACAAGAAUCUAGUUUUGUCAGUGAGAUCCCUGCCUUGGAGAUUCACUCAGAUGAAUCUAGUGAACAGCAGUGCAUAGAUGUGAAGACAGCCACUGUAAAAACUCCCAGACAGAAGCCAGAACAACCUGACUGUCUCACUGGAGUGAAGAGGAUCAUGAAGACCCCAAAACAAAAAUCUGAACCUGUAGAGGACCUGAGAGGGAAGAUUUUGAAAACUCCUAAGCAGAAACCUGAACAACAAGAGUUCCUCACUGGAAUUAAGAAGAUCAUGAAGACUCCAAGACAAAAGGUUGAACCUGUAGAAGACAUCAGAGGAAAGCUUCUGGCAACUCCCAAGCAGAAGCUGGAACAACAAGAGUGCCUCACUGGAGUUAAGAGAAUUUUUAAGACACCACAACCGGACGCUGAACCUCUUGUAGACCUUCGAGAAAAACUUCUGAAGACUCCCAAAGCUCUAGAGGCUGGUGAUGUGAGUCCGGAUGGUGUCCAGGAACUUGAGGAGACACCAGCACACAUGCAAGAAUCUGAAGUGACAGACAUGAAAACUCCAAACGUGAAGAGCUCCCCGCUGGCGUGUCUCACGGGUGUCAAGAGGCUCAUGAAGACUCCCAGAGAGAAAGCUGAACCUGUUGAGGAGAACUUUGGUAUCAAGACACUCAUGAAGUCACCUAGGCUGAGGGGUAAUGCUCCAGUGGAAGACUUUGAGGGGCUUCAAGAGCUCAUGGAGGAGCCACUGACUGAUCCCUCAGGACAACUGGAAACAAAUGAGGUUGAAGAUCAAACCACUCCAGGCUGUGGUGCAGAUUUAGCAAAAGAACUAGAUUUUGCCCAUGAGGAACCACAAGACGAUACACCAUCAGAUGUGAUCAAUAAUGUUCCCGACGUUGACUUGCCAAAAGCAGAUGCAAAUGAAGUUGUUCAUAACCACAUGGAAGAGAUGCCAACUGGACACGAUAAUGACUCAUCAGAUGCCAUGGAAACUCUCUGUCAGGCAGCUGUAGAUGAGAGUUUGCCUGUUGAACAACCCAAAGUGGAAACUGCUACUGGCAAAGUCACAGAAAUGGACAUAACUGCUACGGAGCCUGACCAUAAGGAGAAAUCUGUUCGUGGCCGAAGGGCAAAAACAGUGGAAUCUAAGGCAGCUGAGUAUAAAAAACAGGCAACAGAACACUCUGAAGAUCCUGUCACCCCAGCUCAAGUCAGAGGAAGACGAGGGAAGAAAUCCGAAGCUACAGUUCCAUCCACUGUCAGACAAACGACAAGAAACCGAAAUGCAAGGACGAUUGAGCUCAAAAUGGAAGAAAGUGCCUCUCAGCCUUCCAAAGCUGCCCUUAUGCCUAAAAGAGGAAGAAAUGCCAAAAAAGCUUCUGAUGAUCAAGCUGAAAUGGUGCAAGAGGUUGCUACUGAAACACAAAUGGUUCCAGAAGCUGAGCGGGAACAGAUUCCCAAACUUGAUGUCGUCCAGAAAGUAAAUGACAGUGCUAUACCCCACGAGAAGGCUGUUUCAAGGCCCAAGCGAGGGAGAAAAGCUAAACAGGAAUCUGAACAGUCUGAGCAGCAAGAUGUGCCCCAGGUUGACAUGGCAAAAGAUGCAAAUGAAAUCGGCAGUGACCAGCUGGAGGUGGUGCCCACCGGAAAUAAUGAAAAUAAAUCAUUUGAUGGCACGGAGACUGUACUCCAGGCACCUGUAACUGAGAGUUUACCUGAAGUGCACACAGAAACUUGCAAAGUCACAGAAAUGAAUUCAGAAGAAAUCGUUAAGAAGAAAUCUGUUCGAGGCAGAAGGGCAAAACUGGUGGAAACUAAAGCAGCCGAAGAUAAACAGGAGGUAGCGGACAAUUCUGAAGAUCAUGUUGUCCCCGCUCCAGUCAGAGGAAGAAGAGGGAAGAAAACCGAAGCUAUUGCACCACCCGCUGUUAGACAACCAACAAGAACCAGAAAUGCGAAGUCUCAAGGAAGCACCAAUGAUAAACCUGAAAUGGUGUCAGAGAAAUCUGUGGAAACACAACCAAUGACUGAGAUUUCCACUGAAGCAGUGAGUGGCCAGACUUCUCUGAUAAAUAGCAAUCAAGAAGAAAAUGAUUCUGCAUCCCGAGCAGAGGAAGCUGUCGUGAAGCCCACUCGAGGGAGAAGAACUAAAAUAUCUGUUGAGCUACCUCAACCAGAGCCAGAGAAAAAUGAAGUUGUGAGUGAUGAGCAUCUUAUGGCAGAUCCUCAGCCUCAACAGCCCAUUUCCAUUGUUGGAAAACCCAGAAGAGGGAGAAGGACAAAACCUGAUACUGUUGUACAAAAUGAGGUUGCAGAAGACACAGUUGUCACUGUGGAGACCAAGAAGCAGGCUCAGCCUCCAGUCAGAGCUAAGAGGGGAAGAAAUGCCAAACAGGAAGAAGCAAAGCAAGAGAACGAUGGCAAGACUACUUCAGCUGAGACUCCUAAAUCCCAGGAGCCGGUUAAAAAAUUAAGGGUAACCAGGAAGGCUGAGCAAGAUCACGUAGAACCAAGAGAAGAAGAAAUCCAAACUCAUGAAAUGGUUGUCCCAGAGGAGCAUGAAGCUUCACCUGAUGCUGAACCACUGAAAUUGAAUGAACAGGUUACUGUGGCUGCAAAACCCAGGAGAGGGGGGCGAAAAGCAAAACAAGACACUGAGAGGGAAAUCUGUGAGUCCACAGAGGUCCAAGGGGUCCCUGCUGUCAGCUCCACAGACAAACCAAAACGGGGUAGGAGAGGAAAACAAGUUAUUGAGGAGGUUGGUGUCACUGCUGAAGUACCAGAGGGAAAACCUGACCAUGAGCUGGAGGCUGAAGAGAAGAAAAAUGCUGAGCCAAACGCUCCAGCCAUUAAACCUAGCAGGGCAAGGGGGUUGAAAACUUCUGUGAAAAAUGAGGUUUCGCAAGCCGUUCCAGCCAAGAGAGCACGUCGAGGUGUCUCUCUUGCCCUUGAGGAGACCAAUGCAGCAUCUACAGUCCUAGUUUCAGAGUCUGUUCAGACCUCAGUAGAACCACCUAAAAGGGGCAGGCGGGCAGCAGCAAAGCCCACAACAGAUGAAUCCACAGUGAGCAGUGACCAGGCAAAUCCCUCUGAAGAUUCAAGCCAUGACACAAAUAUUUCCAAAAGAUCUGUCAAGUGGAGAGCAGACUUAGAAGUCUUUCAGAUUCCAAAAGUAACACCGGUAAAGACCGUUCGAGGCAGGAGGUCAAAACUUGGAGAGCAAGUUGAAGCUGGUAGCGAAAAUGUGUCAAAGGAUGCCAACAAAACUGAAGAGAAGGAUCUCUCAGAUGAAGUUGUUGAAGCUCAGCCCAUCAAGAGAGCCAGGCGAGGGGCAAAGGUCGCUGAUGAAGCAAAGUCCUCAAGCAAACUAGCACCUAAAAAAGGUGCUGAAGCUGAGACUGUGCCAAAAACCCGAAGGGGAAGAUCAGCAAAGUAAAAGCAUUUGUAUAUAUUCUUAAACAUAAUGACUUUUUUUCUUUUUAAUCGUCUUGUACUUGUCAUGUUUUAGACUGAAGGCAUUUUAGAAAGUAGUAGUAGUAGUAGUAGU